GCCACCACGCCUUCCAGCAGCCCAAGUGCAUCUUCGUCACCAGGUUCGGACCUCUGGCCUCGCCUCAGCUCGAAAUGGACCCCAACGGCUCCUGCCCCACACGUGGCUCCUGCACCUGCGCUGGUUCCUGCAAAUGCAAAGAGUGCAAAUGUGCCUCCUGCAAGAGGAGCUGCUGCUCCUGCUGCCCCGUGGGCUGUGCCAGGUGUGCCCAGACCUGCAUCUGCAAAGGGGCAUCAGAGAAGUGCAGCUGCUGCGCCUCCCGUGGGGGAGAGCCUGCCCCCACCCCGUUGUCCUCAGGUUCACCUUUUCCUGGAGCCCUGUGCAACGCCUGCCUGGUGGUCCGGUCCCUGGCUUGGUGGAGAGUGGGGCAGCGACACAAAGGAGUUGUGGGCAGGAGACCAGCCACCAUGUGA